UCAUCUAAUUAGCUAGCUCACGAGCUACCAGCAAGGUAGCGUUCCAGGCCCAAGGACCAACAAGGUUAACUACUAAUCAUGGCAAAGCUUUGUGCUGUCCUCCUCGCCGCCUGCGCCGCCCUCCUGGCGCUCGCUGCGGCGCCGUCGACGCUCGCCGGCGACCCCGACAUGCUCCAGGACCUCUGCGUCGCCGACAACAUCUCCCUCCAGGGACCGCUGAGGGUGAACGGGUACCCGUGCAAGCCUGCGGAGAACGUGACGGCGGACGACUUCUUCUACGCCGGGCUGGCGAGCGCGGCCGACGUGUACGGCGGCGGCAACCCGAUGGGCUCCGUGGUGACCGCGGCGGACGUGGAGAGGCUCCCGGGGCUCAACACGCUGGGCGUGUCCAUGUCCCGGGUCGACUACGCGCCGUGGGGCGGCACGAACCCGCCGCACUCGCACCCGCGCGCCACCGAGAUCCUCUUCGUUGCCGAGGGGACCCUGCAGGUGGGCUUCGUCACCACCUCCGGCAGGCACAUCACCCGGGGCGUGCCCAAGGGCGGGGUCUUCGUGUUCCCGCGCGGCAUGAUGCACUACGAGCGCAGCGUCGGCGAGGCGCCCGCCGUGGCGAUCUCAGCGUUCGACAGCCAGCUCCCCGGCACGCAGAGGCUCGGCGAGGCAAUGUUCGGGGCGGCACCGGCGGUGCCGACGGACGUGCUGGCCCGGGCGCUGCAGACCGACGGCGGCGUGGUGGAAAGCAUCAGGUCCAAGUUCCAGCCAAAGUAGGCCACGAGCACGUACGUGCGCCAAGCGUAACACGCACAUUAAAGGCACGUAAAAAAAAAGAGUGCGUACAUGAUUUAGCGUGUGCUUCAUUUCGGCUCUUUGAUUGCAAGGUAAAAGGCUACGUGCGUACUACGUAAAUUAUCACCGCACGGCCUAUAUGUCCUCUCAUCCUCGUCUGCCUUUUAGGUGAAAAGCGUCUUGUUGUUUGUUCGUUGUUGAGCUGUAUGCAGGUAUUGAUGGUUUUUCGUAAGACGUCCUAUGUUUGUUGUAAUAUUUGCAAUGCGUUUAAAUGUAAUAAAUAAAUGCGUCCAUGGAUUUUCGGUGACUCA